GCUGUAGUGGGCGGGACUACAUCACUUCCUCGCGCAGUGGGACAGUUUCCUGGUCGCUGCUAGCAACCUGCUGCCCGUAACUUCCCCUCUCCUCCAGACUCUCGCCAGUUUCUAAACCUGCGCUUCCUCCAACAUGUGUGCGAGAACGAAGCCGUGUGGACGGUGAGGAGCGCGGCGCGGCCCUCGGCUCGGUGUUUCCCCGGCUGCAUGGUGCUCUCCGACGCCCGGGGUUGCGGUUUGGCCUCCAGCCGCGGCUGCGAAUGAACUUCAUUUCUCAGCGUCACCCGAGCUCUGUUUAUUUUUAUAAAGAUGGCGGUGAGGGGGACACUGUGAACUAAAUGACUGUCAGAAACAUCGCCUCCAUUUGUAAUAUGGGCACCAAUGCCUCGGCUCUGGAGAAAGACAUCGGCCCAGAGCAGUUCCCGAUCAACGAGCACUACUUCGGCCUGGUCAAUUUCGGAAACACGUGCUACUGUAACUCGGUGCUGCAGGCCCUCUACUUCUGCCGGCCCUUCCGGGAGAACGUGCUGGCCUACAAAGCCCAGCAGAAGAAGAAGGAGAACCUGCUCACAUGCCUGGCCGACCUCUUCCACUCCAUCGCCACGCAGAAGAAGAAGGUGGGCGUCAUCCCGCCCAAGAAGUUCAUCUCCCGGCUACGAAAGGAGAACGAUCUGUUCGACAACUACAUGCAACAAGACGCCCACGAAUUCCUCAACUAUCUGCUGAACACGGUAGCCGACAUCCUGCAGGAGGAGAAGAAGCAGGAAAAGCAGAACGGACGCCUGAAGAACAACGGCACGGCGCUCACCGCUGAGGCCGACCCGGAGAACAAGGCCGAGCCCACAUGGGUUCACGAUAUCUUCCAGGGCACACUGACCAAUGAGACGCGCUGCUUGAACUGUGAAACGGUGAGCAGCAAAGACGAGGAUUUUCUGGAUCUUUCCGUGGACGUGGAGCAGAACACGUCAAUAACGCACUGUCUCAGGGACUUCAGUAACACAGAGACUUUGUGCAGCGAAUACAAAUACUACUGUGAAACAUGCUGCAGCAAGCAAGAAGCACAGAAACGGAUGCGUGUGAAGAAGAUUCCCAUGAUCCUGGCGCUCCACCUGAAGAGGUUCAAGUACAUGGAGCAGCUGCACCGCUACACCAAGCUCUCCUACCGCGUGGUUUUCCCACUAGAGCUCCGCCUUUUCAACACAUCCGGGGACGCAGUGAACCUGGACCGCAUGUACGACCUGGUGGCGGUGGUGGUUCACUGCGGAAGCGGCCCCAACAGAGGCCACUACAUCACCAUCGUGAAGAGCCACGGCUUUUGGCUUCUGUUCGACGACGACAUAGUGGAGAAAAUCGACGCCCAGGCCAUUGAGGAGUUUUACGGACUUACCUCGGACAUUUCCAAGAACUCCGAGUCGGGGUACAUCCUCUUCUACCAGUCGAGGGAGUGACGCCGCUGCCAGACCAGCGACAGGGAGAAGACUGGUUUUAUUUUCUACCUUUUAGCAUAAGAGAGCCAGACUUUCCACAUCCUGCUCCUCCAACGUGUCUGACAUGUGUGCCAAUCCUCUUCUGGGUUUUAUCUGUUUGUUUUCUUUUCUUUCCAUCUCUGCUUCUCUCUCUCUGUGUUCGACAGACUGUUGUCUUUUAGUCACCUGCAUCUGGACUGCACUUUAAAAAGCUAAAAUGAAAGAAAGAAGUAAAGCAGAGCUGCUGGGAGAGGCCUGCAGAUGUUUUUCUAGCAGAAACCCAAUAGACCGGGGGGGGGGGGCACAUGCAGACGGGGGUCAGAAGCUGUACCAUAUCAGACAUGUUCGUGUAAAAUGUGCCAGCCACUCAUCGUUCCUCUCAUCAGGGCUACUUUCCUAGUUGUUCCCGUCUACUUUCCUCCUGUCUUUCAGCGGCUGCGUGAGACAUGAAUGGAGCCGGAGACAAACACUACGAUUCACAGAGGAAUCUCACGCGUUUAAUAAAAGAUCCGACUCAAUAUCUGAGCAUUCACGCAAAACUAGCCGAGCUGUAAAACAUUAGCAGAAGAGGAUAUGACCAGAGCGUUUCACACUAACUGAGCCACCAACUCUUGGCACUACACAUUAUGUCUGGAGACGCACCGAUCCCGAUUGGCCAGGCCGGCAGCGGCUGUUCUGAUUAGACCAGGAGGAGCGUGCUGCAGAGCGCCUGGCUCAGGUAGUUCCAUCGCCUUUAAAAUGACACAAUCAUACGAUUAUCCUCCAUAAUGCAUCAAAGCACAUGUCCCUAAGUUUUAGCUCGUUUUCUUCAACUCAGAAAAGUUCAUCUCACUGUCGGCUGAUGUGUUUUAUGGAUGGAUAAAGGAGGGAGGUCUUAGUUUUUAAGCGUUUAUUUAUGUGGCCGAUAGAUCGGUGCAUCUCUAAUUAUUUUAACAUCAGGCGGAUGUCUGGAAUCAGCAGUUUUGUUGUUUUUGUAAAACACUAUUUAUUGAAAUUAUUAUAUUUAUUGUUUUAUUUAAAAAAAAAGAUUUUUGUUCAUGCUGACUGAUAAAUACUGGUUUGUGUAAAAUGCUGUCUGAGCUCCCAGCAGAACACAGCGUCAAGUUUGUGGUUUAAAAAGAUUCAUUCAGAGAGACAUUCCUCAACGGUAUAACCUCUUGACUGAUUUGAAAAAGUAAUACUAGUGCAAUAUGUGAAGUUGGUUACCAAUGGGGAAUUUCCCUAUAAGAUAGAGCAUUUGCAUCUUUUUUUUUUUUUUUUUGGACUAGUAGCUGAUUUGUUUAUUCGUAAGUCGUUUUCCAGCGCUGUGCGUCUGCCGUAUCAGAGCACAGCGACUCUCAGAAGCCUGUUAAAAUGGCAGCUGCAGUACCUCGUUGAUAAAUAGUUCAAAAACCUUUUUUCACCUGUAAUGUGAUGACAUAUCCUGUAACAAACCAAGAGAAAAAGAAAGGCGUUUGUUUGGGAUUAGAACAUCAGCAAUAACAAAGCGCCCACCACCUGGUUGCAUAAACGUGCUCACAGCUGGUCACAGCUGGUUACUGAGUUUAGACGUUCAGGCUGCCGUGCCAGGAGGCGGCCGCCAUGCCUCAUUCAGCUGGUAACCCUUAUCUGCACUCCACAACUUCUCCACAUCUGUCAGAUUGUAAAGAUUUUAUUUAUUAAGGGAAUCCACAGAUUUGCAGUCAGAUUUCCUCCUGGACUCUUACUAGGCCGGUCCAGAACCGUUCUGUUCUGGUGAACUUGUUGCUUUUACGUCUGCGCGGACGCUCUGUAACGCUGGAAAACCAAAGCCCUCUUCAUCCUCAGCCUUCUAGCUACACCUGAAGGUUUCUAAUUUCAUCCACCUUGACCAGAAUUAGAGCGCACUCUGAGGAAAAGUAACCGCAGAGCAUGAUGCUGCCACCACCGUGUUUCAUUAAGGCUACGGUGUUGUUUGGGCCGAAGGUUCAGGGUGGGUUUCAUCAGACCAGAACGGUCUAGAAGAUUUGAUCCUUUCUUAGAUGUGUUUUUUUUUUUUUUUUUUUUUUAAAGACAGGACGCUGUUGUCACACGUUGAACACAUAUUGUCUCUAGUGGUAAUGACGGGUCAGUGUGCCAACAAGCACUUUUUUUUUUUUUGGUAGCUCUUCUGAUAAAUGGCACCGUUGUACAGCUGGAUCAUUUUGGUCCUUUGUUGCAUCUCUGCGAAUGAGCAAAAUCAUGAAACUCCUUUUCGCUCAUCAGAGGCGUUGGUUUAUGGUUGGGCCCAUUUUUGCUAACAGGUUAUUAAAGCCUUAGUUAUGUUUCCGUUGGACUUGAUUAGGUUUUCAUUUCGUUGAAUCAUACAGGAUAUGUGUCACGUUAAAGGUGGGAUAAAUGCGACGUUAAUUAGAACUGACUCAUCUUUUCCGUGUGUAAACCAGCAUUUUAACGGCGGGGGGUGCACUUCUGAGAUCCGCUGUACCCGUUUCUUUUCAACCCCCCCCCCCCCCCCACCUGUUGGGGAAAUUACGGUACAUAUCUUUUUGGAACUGAGCACAGAUUUUCUUUCCCUUGUUCCUACUUUGAACACCAGCUCACAUGUUUGGUCUGGGUUUAUCGGAGCUUUCUAUAUGUAGCACACUGGAGUCCUGAAGGUUAGGGAUCCUCGUGAAUCCUUUGUACUGUAGAUUUUCCUCCCGUUCGGAGGCAUUUUGGCUGUUUCCUCUAGAUUAGUGUAAGAUCAAACAUUUCUAAAACAAAAAAAAAA